AUGAUCCCUGUAGUCCACACGUCUUAUGUGUCAGAGAAUGCGGUCACAUUAGAGGAAAUCGAGAAUGUUGCUGGGUUUGUCAAGAAUCUUGACAAGCUCGAACUCCCCAAUCAACUAGUGGCUGUUCUGGCAGAUCCUUUGUUGCAAAAGCUUAUGCUUCUGAGGCCAGACAGCGAAUCUGAACAGAGACUGGCUAACUGGCUCAAUGGGGUUCUGCAAGAUGUUCGUGACGGUGAUGCAGAUGAAGACACCUUCUUCUACAUGCUGGACAUCCUACGGGAAUAUGUUGUAUCUAUCAAGAAUCUCCCUCCUCUCCUACUCAACUUCUUUGCACGCUUUCUUCCGCUUUGGGAUGGCUCUAAACGUCGCGAUGCCAUGUUUGAGAUCUUAUCUUACUCCCCAGUACAGGACUUCAAAGAGCUGUACAAACACAUCUUCCAACCCCUUGAAGCUGCAACCCUUGACAAUACCCCGGAAUCUCUGCGAGCGCUUCUCGCUCUGUAUAAGAACCUUCUUCACCACUGGACAGUCCUGCUUGAAUCCAGUGACACGGUACCAGACCAUGCCAGUGUUACUAUCACGGCCUUGGUGCGACACGUUAAUCCACUGGCCCUCACACUCUGCCAAACAUGUCCUUCUGUCUCAUCACGUUCUGCAAUUCUUGACUUCUAUGAGCAAAACGCCAGACUCGUUAGUCACCAGGUCCUCAAGCACUACAUUUGCAUCGAACUACCCCCUUCAUCCCUCAUCUAUAUACUCUUCUUCAGCAGUUCUGCGGCCAUUGUCUCACGUAUGUGUGCUAUUCUUGCCUCUUAUAAGAAAGGAUUCGAGAUGGCCAUGCUCACUAGGCCAGAUCGUGAGAAAAGCAACCGCAUUGACUCCUCAUCAUAUAACAGGACUUUUGUCGGCCUUUUCAAUGGCUACCUUAUGGACAUGUGCAAUUGCUUUUGGCGUGGCAGGGCUUUUACUAACAAUGACCCCAACGCACUUGGAUGUAUGAUUCCGAGGAGCCUCGUGCCUGUCCUGUCGUUCAUCUCUCUUCUCAUUGUCACACUCCCCGCUCCUGAGCCUACAAAGCAGACUAUGUAUUAG